AUGGGGUGCACCCCAUCCCACAGUGACAUUGUGAACAGUGUCGCCAAGAGUGGCAUUCCCUUCCUGAAAAAGCCCAAGGCGAUUCUGCCAGGGUGUCAGGUGGGCCAAGAAAGAUGCUCUACCCCUUUGCUGCUGAAAAGCACCCCAGACUGCGACUAUGGGGGUGGCGGGGCCCAGGGGCAGAGGCCAGCUGAGGAGCAUCCAAGGUGCAGGUGGAGCCCAGCCACAGCGGAAGGUCUGUGUCAGCUCACGGGAGGGCCUGCUUCAGGGAACGGGGACGCUAUGGAAGGGCUGAUCCUAGAUGCCAGGACGUCCCCACCCUGGCCAAGCAAAUCCCAGAGCCACAAGGCGAAGGACCUUCUGCCCCAGAGCCCCCGUGGGUCACAAGGGGCCCAUUUUUCUGUGGAAGAGUAUGAGGGACAGGCUGCCCAGGAGACCUCCCCACUGGAGAGGCUGGGCACACAAGGCCAUGGCUGCCAACCCUCCCUGCCUCCUUGUGGACCUGCAGGGAAGGUGGACUUUCCGGCGUCCCUCGUGAGAGCCCACCGCCGCUCCUAUACCUACCUGCACUCCAGCCUGGCCAAGUAUGAAGCGAUCCUCGGCGUCAGCCACCGGGCCGCUCAGACCCAGGAGCUGCUGCAGCCCAUGCUCCACUUCCUGCUGCUGUGCUUGGAGGAGGCCAACCGGCUCCUGGGCGAGAUUGCCAAGGACGGAGAAGGGCUCCUCCGGGAAGUUGGGGCUGACCUGGCCUGGCCGUUGGGGGGAGAGGUGGCCCUGGAGCAGCCCGACCUCCUGCAGCAGCUUCUGCAGUACACAGUCAGGAAGCUGCGGGCCCUCGAGGGCUCCGUGGGCUCCCUCACCAGCAGCCUCCUGGAGGCUGCCGGCACCUGCUUCCGCUCCUCCUCCAGCCACGUGGAAAAGAAGCUGAAUGUACAGAGGGGUGUGGGUGAGCAUCUCUUAAGGGUCCUGGGGCAACUAGAGAGCUUGGCGAGUGGCCACGGGGACUCCGGGGUGCAGGGUGCCCCCCUGUGCUCUGAAGACAGUGGUAUAGGGGCUGACCAUGAGUCCAUGCAGUCCUUGGACAAGGCAAGCAAGCAAGGCAGCUGGGACGUAGUGCUGGAGCCUGUGGCACGGAAGCCAGCGGAAGCCGGGCCAACAGGACGUGCCUGGGAGCCAGGUCCCUCCUGUGAAGACCCAGACAGCAGCCUGGAGGAAGAGGAGGAGGAGGAGGAGGAGGAGGAGGAAAGUGCAGUCAGCUGCAGAGGUCCAUACACCUGCCAGGACACCGCUGUGCUUCCCCGGCCUCGGUCUUCCCCUGCUGGCCGGAAAGGCACAUUCCAGCCUCAUUUGGGGGGGCUCAGGGGCCCCCAGGCCCAGGAACUGAUUCUGAAGAUGAAGGAAGCCAUCAGUGAAAGGAUCAAAUUUGUCCCCGUGCCCUCCGGGACCUGGGACUGGGCUGAGGAGGAGGACAGGGGGGUGGAGGUCCCACUGAGAGCCAACACAGUCGGCGGCGGUAGGAGGGCCCUGCUGAGGCAGAGGAGGACCCAGUCAGAGGGGAGUCUUAAGAACCACACGGAGGACCCCACCGUCCAAGAGCUGUGGAGGGUCCAGCGAGACCUCAGCCAGAAGCUGGAGGCUUUCUAUGGCCGGCACAGCAGGAAGCAGCUUCCAGGGGCCGGAGUGGCAGCUUCGUGGCCAAGUAUCAAUCGCCAGGUGGCCCCGAGCACCACUACCAGCAAGCUGAAGGCCUCCCUCACUGAGAACUUCAGCAUUUUGCCUAGUCAGGACAAGAGCAUGUUGCAGAAGGGCAGUCUGCCCCCGGGGACGACCAAACAGCAUGCCAAUACCACGCUGUUGGAAGAGAAGGUAAUCAGGGCUCCCCAGGCCGAGGACAGCCACACCCGAAGCCAUCCCCUCAGAACAUCAGUCAGGAAACUAAUUGAAACGUUCAGUCCUUCUGACAGUCUGGGGGUGCUGGAGGAUUGCAAGCACUCGGAGCCAAGGCCCUGCCUCGGGAAGUGGGGCAUCCCCAGCAUGUCUCCCAGAUUCCCCAUUUACAGGGGCCUUGCCCCUUUGUACCCUAAGCCCCGCAUUUCUCCAGCAGCAGCCACCCACGCACUUCACGUGGGCACCGGCCGGAGGCCCUUCACACCCAUCCUUGCUCCUCUACUUACCGCAGACCCCUCCGGGGGGCAGGGCCUUGAGGACGAGAUAGAGCAGCUGCUUCCACCACCCCCAGAAAUCCUGAUGGACCAAUCAUUCACCGCUCUGGAGCCCCCAGAAAGCAGCGCACCGGGAGGGGCUUCCCCAGGAAGGACUGGCGUGCCAGGCUUGGGAGGGGUCGACCCUGCCAAGAAAGCCUGGGCUUCCCCCAGGCUGAGAGCCUCCAUGAAGCCCAUGGUCCUGCUGCCCAGCAAGGGCACCGCCAGUCCUACCAGGCCCCGCAGCCUGGGCACCGGGAGCAGUGAGAGGGGCUGCAGUCUGAGAAAGCCCACCUUGGACUCAACCCACCCACCAGCCACCAGCCAAAACCCAUCGGAGAAGGGUGGGGGUCCGAGUCAGGCACUGACAGAGAAGGCCACCUGGGUCAGCAAGCAGCCCCGGAAGGUAUCACCUUGGCACCACUCCAGCCACAACUCCGGGCAAAACAGGAUCUCAGAACCCGGCCUGGCCAGGCCAACUCAGGGACCACCUUCUCCUGAGGCCUCCAGGCAGGGCCAAGAGAGAAGCCCCUUCGUGGCCAGGAAGGCCCCUCCCACAAGGGUGCACUGGGUGUCCCAAGUUGAGAAGAGGCACCCGAACCUACCCUCCUCCCCGAGGCCAUCCCAGCCAAGCCUCUCCGCUGUGCAUAGGUCACCCAGUCCACCCCUCAGCACUGGGGUUUUGAGCCCCACAGGGAGUCCCAGGGUGCUAAGUCCACCAACAGGGAAAAGACAAGUAUCCCCAUCACCCCAGCACGUGCCGCCCAGCCCUCCCUCGGAGAGCCCACCUGCUCAGCACAAGGUCUCCAGCCCCCCUCCCCAGAGCAGAGAAGUAAGUUCCGCUUCCUCCUGUCCCUCCCCAUCCCCACCAGCGUCUCCGGACCAAGGGCACAAAGAAACAAGAGAUUCUGAAGACAGUCCGACAGCCAAGGCCAAAUUACCUGGGAAUACCUGUUCCAUCUUCUGUCCUGCCUCCGCCUCUCUGUUUGAAGCCAAGUCGCUGUGCUCAAGAGACCACCCACUGGCCCCACCAUCUCAGCCACCCGAGGCUGGGGUCUCUCUCAGGGUGCCAGCAGGGUGCUGGAGGAGCAGCUCAGGGCCAAGACUGAGGGCAGAUUCCCAGAGGAGGGUGGCCCUGUGUGCCCUCAACCCUCUGCCUUUCGUCGGAAGGACUGCUUCUGAGCACAGGCCGGGCCCGAGACUGCGGCUGCCUGCCUCUGGCUGCCCGGGCGCAGCAGCUCAUGAUGCCCCGCUCAGCCCAUGCAGGUAA